UUUGAGUUUAGAUGCUAAUGGGACAUUACUGAUAACUAUAAGUUAUCCCAAAAAUACGUUAGGGGGUUAAUUAGUUGUCAGACUUGGUGUAGCUGGUACGGAAGGGAGAGACGAGAGGUAUGAAUGUAUGUAUUGAAUUCUAACAGCAACAAAUAAGGAGAUGGGUCUGGACUCUGGGGAGGCAGAGGCUCCAGUGUCUGUAGGUGCGUAUCUAUGAGCCAACAUUGGCCGUUCCUUGCAUCCAUCUGGUUUCAAUCAAAAAAGAGGUGAAGCAUUGAUCUAAAGUGACAUAGACUGUAACGGACCGUAGUAGUAAAGCAAACCGCCGAAGCUGGCUUUCAGUCCGAAGCGAGCCAUGGCGGAGCUCCGUCACUCGAGCUCGAUCGGAACCCGAGCUACGCCAUCCCCGUUGAAGCGCGAUGAGGACUCGUCCCCUUUCUUGCCCGACAACCCAACGGACCACUACGAUCGUCACUCCUCACGAGAUCGGGAUCGCGACCGUCCCUUCUGGUCCAAUUUUCACUCCAUAUGUCCAUACUUCUCUGAUGAGCCUAGGGUUUCUCCACAUAACUACAAGAUCUCGCUUUUCUGGAUCCUUCUCGUCAUUCUCGUCGGAUUCAUCUCAAUUUCUGCUAUUUUGAAUGGUUUGAAUUCUCCAUACUUGUGUAGAAAAGAUGGCAUUGUUCUUCGCUGUCCGCGUGUCAAGGAACCUCCUUCACUCUGGGGCAAUCCUUUUUCUGCCACCACCUCUUGGAAGCCUUGUGCUGAGCGCCGCAAUGGUGGAAUAUCAGAUCUUCCUCCUGAGAAUGAAACAAGUGGCUAUAUAUUUAUCCAUGCAGAGGGUGGCCUAAAUCAGCAAAGAAUUGCUAUAUGCAAUGCGGUGGCUGUGGCUAAAAUAAUGAAUGCCACACUUAUUUUGCCAUUGCUGAAGCAGGAUCAAAUCUGGAAAGACCAAACGAAAUUUGAAGAUAUUUUUGACGUGGACCAUUUCAUUGAUUACUUGAAGGAUGAUGUGCGAAUUGUCCGUGAUAUCCCUGAGUGGUUCACAGACAAAUCAGAGCUAUUAACAAGCAUAAGACGAACGGUAAAAAACAUUCCGAAGUAUGCUCCAGCACAGUUUUACAUUGAUAAUGUUCUGCCUCGGAUCAAGGAAAAGAAGAUAAUGGCCCUAAAACCUUUUGUUGAUCGGCUUGGGUAUGAUAAUGUUCCUCCAGAAAUCAACAGGCUAAGGUGCAGAGUAAACUAUCAUGCUCUGAAAUUUCUUCCUGAGAUUGAGCAGAUGGCUGAUCAACUGGCAUCAAGGAUGAGAAACCGCACUGGCAGUUCAAAUCCUUACAUGGCCCUUCACCUUAGAUUUGAGAAAGGGAUGGUAGGCCUAUCGUUCUGUGAUUUUGUGGGCACAAGAGAAGAGAAAGCUCAGAUGGCUGAAUACAGGAAAAAAGAAUGGCCUCGACGGUACAAGAACGGUUCCCAUCUAUGGCAGCUUGCCCUGCAGAAACGGAAGGAAGGACGUUGCCCUCUUGAGCCUGGGGAAGUGGCAGUGAUUCUUCGGGCAAUGGGCUAUCCUAAAGAAACUCAAAUUUAUGUUGCUUCUGGAAAGGUCUAUGGUGGGCAAAACCGGAUGGCACCACUCAGGAACAUGUUCCCAAAUCUGGUUACAAAGGAAGAGUUGGCAACCAAAGAGGAGUUGGAUGGUUUCAGGAAGCAUGUGACAAGCUUAGCAGCCCUGGACUUCCUGGUUUGCUUGAAGUCUGAUGUAUUUGUGAUGACCCAUGGAGGCAACUUUGCAAAACUGAUAAUUGGUGCUCGUAGGUACAUGGGUCAUCAGCUUAAAUCUAUAAAACCGGACAAGGGGCUCAUGUCCAAAUCUUUUGGGGAUCCUUACAUGGGCUGGGCCACCUUUGUGGAGGAUGUGGUUGUCACCCACCAGACACGAACGGGAUUGCCUGAAGAAACUUUCCCAAAUUAUGACCUCUGGGAGAACCCUUUGACUCCUUGCAUGUGUAGAGCCUGACCACAUGAAUACCUAAUCUGAAGUUUCUCACUUGAGAUUCUUUUUAGGAGCUUCUCCAACAGGGGUUUGUGCAUCAACAGUUGAAGAGAUUGGAAGCUUCUUUGCCCACAAGGUAUGAAGAAAUUUGCAGGAAACAGCUCAUACAGGUUGCAGUUUGGGUGCAAAUGAGUAGUGGCUGUGGGAGGAGUUCAUGGCCAUCUUUCUUUGCAGAGAAAACUGCGUUUUUGUGUCCAGAAUGUUAAGAGGAAUGAUAUAUAUCUAUGUCGUGUAAAUUGUAACUAAAAUGUGCUUACUUGCUGAGGUCUUCAUUUUAAGAGGAAGAGGAUGUGUAGGAUACUUUAAUCUUUUACUACUUUAAUAUCAACUCGAAGGCUUGUAGUUUA